AUGAACUUAUUGUGGCAGCUGACCCCACCCCGCCGUUACCUGCGAUUCUUCGGCGGCGACAACUCGGGUGGCCUAUUGGAAGACCUGUUUAAAAAGUGGCCGCUUGUACUGGCGACAAAGCCACCCAUUCUUUACGGGGGGGUUUAUCUCGUGACUGACCUGAAUCUAAAGCUUCCGGCAGACUGCCUAGAAAGCAGCGGGCUUGAUCCUUAUCUGAUGUUAGUUUAUUAUCCGGGAAAGAUCAAUGAUCUUGGUUAUCGGAGUGGAAUAGGUCGAAUAUUUGAUUUGUUGAUGGUAGCGUAUCUACCGAGAUCCCGCAACAACUCGCACCUGGCAGGGAGGGAAGCGCAGUUGGUGAUGGAGAGUAGAGACAAGCACUAUAGCAAAGAGCCGACUUUAUGA